GGCUGCAGAAUGCAAUUGCACAAAAAGUGCAUUGCCGAGCAGCGAGCGGUACAAUUAAAGAUGAUUCGUCCACUGGGUAGAGUUCUUUCCAAGACUAAAGUUGCUCCCGCCAAAUCGAAAGGGAGCCUGUUCGAGUUUCAGAAGUUGCCUUAUGAUCCUGCGAUCCCGAGAAAACGAAGGUCGCCUUUGGAAUCAAUAUGGACUACCAUUAAACGGUUGUUUUACUUUGGUCAAUUCUUGGUGAAGAGCAUCCCUGUCUGGAUCCAGCUCAUCUGGGAAUGGUUAAACCCUCCUCCCCCGAAGAACAUCGCAGGAUGGAACGCACUAGUGACAGGAGGAUCGAAUGGGAUUGGCCGAGCGGUGAGUUUGGAGCUGGCCAAGAUCGGGUGCAAUGUGGUCAUAGUUGAUAUCGAUGCGGAAAAUUGUGAAAAAGUGGUCCAGGAACUGCUCAAGUAUCGCAUCAAGGCAGCCUUCUACAAAGCAGACGUUGCUGACUACGAAGCAGUCGUUGACCUGAAAAGCAAAAUCGAGCAGGACUUUGGUCACGUAGACAUCCUGAUCAACAACGCCGGCACUCUGCCGUUCCUGGUACCCGACGAGUACAGCCCCGAAAACAUUCGUAGAAUGAUGGAAGUGAAUGUGCUGAGUCACUUUUGGACCAUAGACGUGUUCCUCCCGGAGAUGUAUCGCCAAAGCAGAGGCCAUGUCGUGGCUCUUUCUUCGCAAACGGCAUAUACGCCAACGGGAUUCGCCCGAAGCUAUGCCACCGGGAAGUAUGCGGUGCGAGGCUUCAUGGAAGACCUACACGACGAAAUCUAUAAUGCCGGAUUCGAGAACGAGGUCGUUACUACCACCGUGUUCCCGGUGCCCAUCAACACACGGAAGGAGUUUGUCGACUUCAUGUUGAGAUUGCCGGGAUUUGAAAAUUCGAUGCUGAACAGCGUGGAGUACGUGGGAAAGACAAUUGUGCAAGCAAUAUUAAGUAACCAACGCAAAGUGUUUAUUCCAAGUUUUGUGAAGACGUGGCAGUUGGCUCUUUUCGAAGAUCUCCCGAGGGAAAUUACCCGACUCUUGGUGAAAGAGUUGUUGGUGAAAUGAUUUUAAAAGAAAAAAAUCUUAACCUAACUUAACAGCUAACUUGAGUUAUUUCUUUCAAAUAAGAUUUGUUAUAGCGGUUAUCCUAGAACGUUAUUUGCUUCUACGGCAAAACAAUGGAAGGUGCUCGAUCAAGCAUGUUCCUAAUCGUUCGAUGUAAGUUCGAUGUAAUUGAAUAUAUCCAGCUUUUUACGCUCCAAUGAGGUUUGGGGGUUGGUCUUAAAAAAAUUGGUUUGGUCACAAACUUGUACGAGAGGGAGAGGGGUCUGCGAUGGCCAAAAAUAAGGUCUGUCUACAUUUGUCACAAAUAAUUCUUUUAUAUCUAUGGUUAUAACAAACAAUUGUCACUAAUAUAUCAGAUUAGUCAUGCAUGCAGUUGA